CAAGGGACGGAGGAACUUCGAUGUGCUCCUGCGAUGGAUGAAUUAGAAGUGCCAUAUUACGUCGAUGGCGACCUAGAUGAGUACUAUGAUGAUCCUGAUGAAGCCUUGUUGUACGAACAUUUGGAAAAAAUGUCCAAGUAUGGGCGAUUUUUCUACAUGUUCCAGUCUUGUGUGGGACCGACGACUGUUCAGACAUUUGACUUGGUCGGUCCUCUCUUGGUAAUGUGCUUUAUUCUACGGGUUGUCUCGGCACUUAAACUUCCAAGACUUGUAGUUCAUUUCGUUUCAUUUAUCUGUGGACUAGGAGCUUUAUUUUUGUUCCUGAAAAAAAACUUGGUAUAUCCACUGGCCAUGAGCGCGCUUGGGUAUCUAAUUCUGUUCGUGAAGCACGGAAAUAGAGGGAUGGUAAUGGCUUCGACUUCAGUCAUGUUUUUAAUCAUAUGUGAACUGUUUAUUGUUACACCUGAAAACUGGCACCAGGUUCGAGGCUCUCAGAUGGUACUAGUAAUGAAGCUUAUUUCAUUGGGUUUUGAUAUGGAUAAAGGUACAACUCCUCGGCCUAACAUCGUGGAGUAUCUUGGGUACUCUGUGUCAGUCAGUUCUGUCAUCUUUGGACCUUUUCUGACAUAUUCAGAUUAUUGCCAGCUUUUGGAUGGAAAAAAGUUGAGCUUUGCUUGGUUUCUAGGAGUAGUAAGGAGUUGUUUUCUGUCCUAUUGUUGUUUAAUAGUUUCAGCUUGUGUUGCACCAUGGAUGUUUCCAGAGGACUCUUUUAAAUGGUUUAUGGCAUACCAAUCAGCAAUGUCAUUUAGAUUCAGCCAUUAUUUUGUGAGCUUCCUAUCAGAAUGUACAAGUGUAUUAAGUGGAAUUGGCACAGAAGUUAACCAAGAAGGAAAGCCAAAAACAAUCUGGAGGUAUGAUGUAGCACGACCCCAGCACAUUGAACUUCCUCGUUCCUUGGUGGAGGUAGUAGUUCACUGGAAUAUACCAAUGCAUUUGUUUCUCAAAAAUUAUGUGUUUAAGAAAGCUAUACCUCUUGGAAGAUUUUUUGCUGUUUUUUCAACAUUUGCAUUGAGUUCAUUACUUCAUGGUAUCAAUUUUCAACUUGCGGCAGUGUUGAUUUCUGUAGGAACAUAUGCUUACAUUGAACAUGUUUUUCGUCACAAGUUGGGGAAAAUUUUCAAUGCUUGUAUUCUAGCAAGAAAAUGCAGACCAGAGUGUGGACAUGUUUACAAAGAUGGUAACUUUUGGGUGAUUGCUGCUAAUCUUGGCCUAAGCUUCCUUGCGGUCUUUCACCUGGCUUAUUUAGGCAUCAUGUUUGGGGGAGACUCAGAAAUCCAAGAAAAGGGUUAUGGCAUGAAUCACACUCUAGGCAAAUGGUCAGAUUUGGAUUUUGCCAGUCAUUGGGUGGCCCUGGCAACUUUUCUUUUGAGUAGAAUUAUUGGCUGAGCAAGUUUAAGCAAAUGCAAAAUACAGAAGU